UACGCUGCACAGGCUCCUGCUGUAUCUCCAUAUCUCUCAGGCCCUUCCGGCUUCCGCCAUCGUCAACGUCGUCACACAGCCGCCUCCACACAGCUGCUGCAACCUGCCCACCCAUGGCCGUUCGUCGUCCUGGCAAUAAUAAUCUCAGCAGCGAUUUGGAGCAGCAAUGGCGUAACGGCGGCGGGCCUGCGUGUGUGCUUGGCGUCGGCACAGCCAACCCAGCCAACUGCGUUCAGCAAGAUGAGUACACUGACUGGUACUUCCGUAUCACCAAGAGUGAUCAUCUUACGGACACGAAAGCAACCAUGAAGAAAAUGUGUGAGAAGAUGAUGGUAAAACAACGCUACCUGCAAGUCAACGAGGAGCUCUUCAGUGAGCACCCCGAGUUGUUGGACCCUACAGCUCCAAGUCUGGAAGCCAAGCUAGCCAUCGUAGCCAGUGCCAUGCCACGGCUUGUGGCUGCUGCCGCAGAGAAAGCCAUUGCCGAAUGGGGCCGCCCGGCCGGAGACAUCACGCACCUCAUCUUCGCCACCAGCAGCAGUGCUCAACUGCCCCACAUCGAUCUCCGCAUCGCUUCCCUUCUCGGGUUAAGCAGCACAGUGCAGCGCACGGUGAUCGGCUUUCACGCCUGCACUGGCAGCUCAGCCGCGCUCCGCAUUGCCAAGGACAUCGCCGAGAAUAACCGCGGAGCACGAGUCCUCGUCGCUUGCGCGGACAUGUGGAGCGUCGUGGAUAGUUACACAGUUCCUAACGAAGCACACCGCUACGGAAUCAUCGGCCACGCCAUUUUCGGUGACGGUGCCGGCGCAGUUGUUGUCGGAAGCCGGCCGCAAGAACCCGUUGAACGCCCAAUCUUUGAGAUGGUUUCAGCGUCGCAGGCCACAGUGCCCCGCUCAGAGCGGGCGGUUGCUGCCGAGCUCACCAAUUGCGGCCUGGAGUACCGCCUCGAGUUUGGAGAGCUGGCGGCGGAGUUGGGUGACAACAUCGAGCGGUGCCUGAUCAACACGAUGUCGCCGCUCGGCAUUGGUAGUGUUGGCUGGAAUAACCUCUUCUGGGUGGUUCACCCGGGUGGCCCCAGGAUCAUGGACACCUUCACGACGGCUCUCAGGCUAGAGCCCGAGAAGUUGGCGGCCAGCCGGCAGGUGUUCAGCGAGUACGGUAACAUGGUGGGCCCAACUCUGAUAUUUGUCCUUGAUGAGGUUAUACGCCGUCGCCAGCAAGACCACGAGGAAGGGAGCUGUGAGUGGGGGUUCAUGGUGGGGUUUGGCCCGGGGUUCACCAUUGAUGUAAUGGCAUUGCAUGCAUGCACCACACCAACACCAAGACUCAAGUAGUUUGUAAUGGGAGAUUGGGAGCCAUGACGCACAAAGGGAAGCUGGAAAUACAUUGAUCAAGACAGUUAGAAAAAUAAGAUGUUCAAUCAUGGAGAUAUAUGUUCCCGUGUUGUGUAAUGUGUAUGCAUGAAUUCUGCAUGCUUCAUAGAAGCGGCCCUUUAGUUGUC